AUGUCUACUAUCGGAUCGGAGUGUGAGAAUGAGAUCAUGGCUGAGGGCGGCGGCGGUGGCAGAAGGCCGCGCAAUUGCUGGAGAAGGACCGAACUCAAGAAGAUAGAGAACAAGUUUGCGAGGGAGGUUACUUUCACGAAGCGAAGAGGCGGCCUGUUUAAGAAGGCCAGUGAGCUUGCGGUGCUAUGCGGGGCGGAUGUUGCGAUCAUCGCCUACUCCCCCCAUGGCAAUCCAUUCGUUUUUAGCAGCUCCUCCUCCACGGAUGGGGUCCUCCGUCGUUUCAUUGGAUCACCAACCUCGGCAGCGGGAGAGGAUUCUGGUGUUAUGCCAUUGUCAAUGUCGUGUGAGGACCGGCUGAGCGAGUAUAGGCGGCAGGAGAAAGAGGCACUAUCGAGGCUAAAUGAGGCGAAGAAGAAGCAGCAGGAGGCAAGCGGCAAAGGGAAGCCAGGGUGGUGGUGGGACAAUCCUAUUGAGGACCUGGAGGCAGAGGAGCUUGAGUGCUACAUCGAGUGUGUGGAGCGGCUGAUGGAGAAGGCCAGCCAGAAAGCAGAGGAGAUGAGGACCAACCCGGUGCACACCAGUGCUACGACAUCUCCAGCUUCUGCGUCCAUGGCUUCCGCUGGCCGCAAUAUGGUGGAUACUUUGGACACGGGGCUGUUCGAAACGAGCAAUGGCGCAGAGGCGGCCGUAAAGGAGGAGUUUGGCAUGGGAGAUGAAGAGUUGGAGUCUUUGAGCAGCCUCUUGAAGGAGUUUGAGCAUGACGAUGUUGGGUGCAUGCCUCUAUGGUCCUGA